AUGGUCCUUCGAAAGUGCAACAUCUGCGACCGUCGCUUCAAGAAGACCGAGCAUUUCAAACGCCACGAGCGAUCCCACACCAAGGAACGCCCGUACGAGUGCAAUGUCUGCCUCAAGCGGUUUUCUCGAAGCGAUGUCCUAAGCCGACAUGCCAAGGGCCAUAAUCAAGGCGCUACGACAGGUGCCGCGGUCAAACCGAAUAAUGCGACUAUAGACCAAGCUCAAACGCAUGAUCGACGCCAAUCUGCCAUAGUGGGAAUGUCUCCCAUGGUGCCGGGUUCUGAGAAUGGUUCGCAGCUGUUGCCCAGCAUGACGACAGACGCGCAUGCGUUUGCUUCCAUCGCGACGCCGCGCGAUCCAGCCCUCUCGGCUACCGGGAUUCCACCGUCAUCAUUAGACUUCCUGGCGGAUAUCUCUGCCCACCACGGUCGAACCGAACCGGACAUGAACCCAAUGAUGAUAGAUGAGCAGCAGUCCUAUUUUGGAUGGAACGAGGUGAACCCGGCCGACCACUCGCAACGAAAUAGUCUCGCUUUUGAGCCCGCGCCAAAUGAUGUGCUGCAAAUGUGGCUCGAGCCUCGUACCGACGCCGGAUCGAAUCACGGUUCUCUCGAUUUCACGAACGGCCACUUCCCGCUCAUCAGCGACAAUGUGGUCCUCACUCCAGAUCAGCAAAGUCGGCGCUCAAUAGAUGGUGUCCAACGCUGUUGGCUGGCUCCGCCGAACCAUACCGGCCGGAUUAUGAACAGUCUAUGGCGGGACAUCGUGUGCACUGAUGUGGACAACGUCUUUUCCAUCAACGUCUUGCAACCCCCAAACGAUACGCCACACAUUCAGGGAUCACGCUGUGGAGUCGAUGAAGACUGCAGACGCAGACUCCAGGCUGUGUUCGGCCAACCUCUUCCCUUCCCGCAGAUGCGAUCACCGCACAACGGAGCCGCUUCUCCUGCUACAACAGGCUCGGCUUCUAAUUUCUUGCCGAAUUUCCCUCCUGCUGAGAUCUUAGAUAUGGCACUAGACCUAUACUUCCGCAAUUUCCACACUCUUGUGCCGUUUGUACACCUUCCUACUUUUUCCGCAAAGACGACGCGGCAGCCACUUCUUUAUGUCAUGUGCCUCAUAGGCAUGAUGCUACUUGGAACGAAAGGAACUGCAAGUUUUGUUUCUAGAAACUUUUCGUAUGUGCUUGAAAAGGUCACUGCGGAUCUCGCCAGGUGCACUAUGGGUGUCGAAUCCCCGUCUAGCACGAUCUCCAUUUUCGCAACUGCCUUUCUUUUUCUGAACUUGGCAGUAUUGACAGGCGAAAAGGGACAUCUCGAGCAAUGCCAGAUGCUCUAUGUGAAUCUGAUGUCGAUCACACAACGACAUGGUCUUUUUGCGGCGACUGAAGGCCAAAUUCUCGAUAUGAGUCUCUUCGAAGCCGUGCCAGAUAUCGACAUGAGAUGGAAGGCAUGGAGCAAGGUUGAGUCCACCAAGAGGAUUAUCAUCGGCCUACUCCUACUGGAUUCCUGGUAUUCUUCACUUCUUUCAACAAGUCCAAUCGUCGUGCCAGACUCCCUCCAAAUCAUUAUGCCUUGCAACGAGGCCCUUUUUCGCGCACAUUCAUCUAUGCGCUGGACUCAACUAAUCCGCAGCGGCAAGAGGAUACUGAUGCCCACGGUGCUGGCGCCGUCAGAGAACAUCAACAUCCCUCCUCUGGAAGGUUCAACCGACGAGUUUUCCGUCCAUGCAGUCCUAGCCAUGGUCCAGCUUCGCCAAUCAGAAGCAUAUCACCGGCUACUCUCCAACCGAGCAAGCUAUCCAUUCGCACCCUGUCACACAUACGCCAUGGACGGACGCGCCAGAUGUCUUCCAUCUAUUCAGUUCCAAAUCGCAAGCAGCUACGGCGAAACAAUGGAACGAAUGAAUCCCAACGCUCUCGUCAUGUGGCAUCACAUGUGUAUGAUGCUCACGGCUGACAUCCAAAUCUUCGAUGUUGCCGCAGGCCGAGCCGGGCCGGGACCAGCUCGCAAGGCGCUCGACGAUAUCGCGGAGUGGUCACAGACCCCCGCAGCCCGGAGAGCUUGUCUUCAUGCUGCCCACAUCUAUAAAUCCAUGACCAACCGCAAAGCCUCCGAUCAUCCCACCUUUCACUCCGUCUUUUCCCUCUUCUCUGCGGCUCUGGUACUGGGUUUGUACACAUUUAUGGUCCCUCAAUCCGCCAAUGCAACCACUACGAUGGGCUCUAUCGAACUAAUGGAUGACAUCAACUGGGAGCAGGUCAGUACGGAGGGUUUCACGAGCUUCAUGGAGCCAAGAGGCAGUCAGUCUUUCUCUCCGACAGAUGACCCUGCCGUCAACUUCAUUCGCAACGGUGCGAUAAUCUACCUGCGAGGUGUUCCCUUCCAAGGCGGAUACCAGUCUGCUCGUCGGAUCUUGCUCGACUACGCUGGUCUCCUCAAGGACUCCGGUAAAUGGAGCGUCAAGAAGUUUUCAUACGUGCUGCAUAUCAUGAGUGAUGUACUCAUGGAUGUUGAAUGA